AUGUUAUCGCGAUCAUCCAUCCUGGGCUACCUGUGUCUUUUAUGGCCGACAGUUGUGUUUGCACUCAGUCACGCUCACCUUGCCGAACUUCGUAAUGCAACUACCCAAGUCUUCCACCAUGGCUGGGACAACUACAUGCGCGUUGCAUUCCCAGAGGACGAGCUACGCCCGAUAUCCUGCACACCGCUAACGCGCGACCCGGCGAACCCCGGAAACUACGAUUUGAACGAUGUCCUUGGCAACUACUCCCUCACCCUCAUCGACAGCCUCUCGACCCUGGCUAUCCUCGCAGGGACACCCUCCGAUGAACAUACUGCUGUCUGGGCUCUGCAGGAGUUCCAGCAGAGCGUCGCAGCUUUCGUCGAAUACUAUGGCGACGGAAGACGCGGGCCGUCUGGGGAAGGGCGAAGGGCGCGAGGCUUUGAUCUUGACAGCAAAGUUCAAGUCUUCGAGACAGUCAUCAGAGGAGUCGGCGGCUUGCUGAGCGCGCACUUGUUUGCUAUCGGAGAGUUGCCUAUACCUGGCUAUAACCCGGGCCAAACUUUCAAUGAAGAUGAGGAUUCCGAUCCGCUGGAGUUGCACCCCAUAGCAUGGCCAAACAACUUCAAGUACGAUGGGCAGCUUCUCAGACUGGCUUUGGACCUUGCAGAGCGGCUCUUGCCCGCUUUCUAUACGAACACAGGGCUGCCGUAUCCGAGAGUCAACCUACGACAUGGCAUACCUUUCUACGUCAACUCUCCACUGCACAAGGUGUCUCGCGAUGACCCGGAUUCGACUCGAGCGACGAACGAAAAGACGGAUACGUGUAGCGCCGGCGCCGGAAGCCUUGUCCUAGAAUUCACCGUUCUUAGUAGGCUCACAGGCGACUCAAGGUUCGAACAAUUGGCGAAGCGAGCGUUUUGGGCAGUGUGGAAGGCCAAGAGCGACAUUGGUCUUGUUGGUAAUGCAAUUGACCCCGAAAAGGGCGAGUGGGUCAGCUUUGACUCGGGGAUUGGCGCUGGCGUUGACAGCUUCUUUGAAUAUGCACUGAAAAGCCAUAUUCUAUUGUCUGGCCAUGAGCUGCCGAACGUUACCGCCUCAGAGCCACCCACUGACCGGCAGUGGCUCGAUCCCAAUACAUUACACGACACACCUUUAACGCCUGAGGAGAACUCUGCUGGGGCGUUCCUGGAGGCGUGGCACCAUGCACACGCAGCUAUCAAGCGCCACCUAUACAAUGACGCGCAUCACCCAUAUUACAUGACUGGUCACCGAACUCGCGGGUACGCUUUCACAAGCUGGAUUGACAGCUUAGCAGCCUUCUAUCCUGGCUUGCUUGCGAUGGCUGGUGAGAUUGAGGAGGCCGAGGAAGCCAAUCUACUAUAUACAGCUUUAUGGACGCGUUACGGGGCGUUGCCCGAGAGAUGGUCUGUACGUGAGAGACAAGUCGACUCAGGUAUUGGUUGGUGGCCUGGCCGCCCUGAAUUCAUCGAGUCCAACUAUUACCUGUAUCGCGCUACGAACGACCCCUGGUAUGUGCACGUCGGAGAGAUGGUCCUCAGUGACAUCAAGAGACUGUGUUACACGAAAUGCGGUUGGUCCGGCCUCCAGAAUGUCGACACUGGGGAGAAGGCCGACCGUAUGCAGAGCUUUUUUCUUGGCGAGACCACCAAGUAUCUAUAUCUGCUCUUCGACCCAGACCACCCGUUGAACAAGCUCGAUGCCGCUUAUGUCUUCACCACGGAGGCGCAUCCUUUGAUCAUCCCUCGGAGAAGAACGAGGCCAACAAAGAAGCAGGAACGCCGCAAACAACACAGCAGCGUCGAGGUCUACUACGACGAGAAUUUUACGAAUACCUGCCCUAUCCCAAAGCGAGUUCCUCUUACGGGUUCUGUUCUGGCUGCGCGUCCCGAUGUCUUUCACGCAGCGAGUUUCGUCAACCUGCACACCAUUUCUAACCCACGUAGUGGAGUUGAGUUGGUUCCCGCCGGCAAAGGCAGCAAUGGCUCGAUAUCGAGAUACAAGGCAAACCAUACUUUUUUCCCCUGGACACUUCCACGCACGCUCAUCCCAGACAACGGCACCUGUGCCGCCCUGCCUUUCAAGCCUACACUAGUCAUUGAGUUUCCGGCCAAUAUUCAACAGGGCAGCGUUGGGAGCGCCUUCAAUAGCCUGUUCGCCAACACUGCCGCCUUCAAGACACCUGUAGGCGUUAGGAUCUCUGCUCUGAGUGGAUUGAAAGUCCACUUUGUUCAGGAAGAUUCGUUUGAUUCAGCAUACGAUCAUACAUGGAGGGUCACCCAAGUCAAUCAUAUGCCGCUGGGACGAGAUGAGCCAGUUCACAUUGACGCGGACCUCCUGAAAGGCAUCUCCGAUCCUCUAUUCAAUCGUGUUCGGUAUAAUGGCUUUGUCGAGCUCAUCAUGAUGCACGGGGAGCCGGAAGAGCGUAACGCCAGUGCACCUGCCCCCGCCGAGGGGCUGGAGGUUGAGAUUAGUGACCUUGACGAUCAAGUUCAGCUCACUGAAGAGGCGCAAUCUGAGCUCGUAGAAGAUCAGACUUCCGGCAAAAGUAUGAACACUGCCUACAGGUCCAUGCUUAAAUCCAUGAUCCGCGCCGUCACCUCUGUCUUUGAUCCCACCAAUACCCCGGCGCCGCUCCCCGCUGGUGCCAAGGCAAACUUCCAUGUUGAGAGCUACAUGGGUGCUUUGGCAGUGGGCAAAGGGGCCGUUCCGCUUCCCGAUGUUACUGAUGCUUCUAUCCCGAGUGACGACACCCCUCCGAACCUUUCUUGGCAGACAGUCUAUCGAGCAGGCUUCGGGUGUGACGGUCGCCUGCCUGACGAAGCGCCUCGCAAUCACCAGGUUAUUGUCCUGCGCCGUGGGGGCUGCUCAUUCAGUGAAAAGAUUGCCAACAUUCCCUCCUACACACCCUCGCCGCGAUCUCUACAGCUUGUCAUCAUUGUCGACGAGGAGGAGCUCGAGACCAACUAUGUGUUCAGCGCUCCUGACUUGUGGGAAUAUGAGAUGAUUAAGCCUCACCUGGACGUUGAGCAGGUUACACCGUCGGGGCUGCGGCGGCCGCACCCCAUUGCUAUGGUGAUGAUUCGCGGUGGUGGACCAGAGGCUUAUGAGAAAUUUGGCAAUGCCCUCGGUGUGGGGGUUCGGAGAAAGUACUUCAUUGAGACCCAAGGGCGGAGGGUGGAUAACAUCAUUGUCCUAUAA